AUGAAUGGAUUCUCUGAGUACGCAAACACUUUCGAAACCAUGACUAUCAGACACGACUCAAAUGCCGUUGAGGCUCACAAGCCUGUUGUGCAGCCCUCGCAGGCGAAGCUGUUCACCCUAGAUGAGAUGAUCAAGCGUCGCGCCAUGGAAUUGGGAGAUACCAUCUUGAUGGGUGCGCCGGAGACGGGUGUUGAUGAUUUCAAGGAGCACAGUGCUGUGGAUAUUGAUAGAUAUGCUGAUACGGCUGUUGCGAGACUCCAGAGCUUGGGCCUGGAGCCUGUGGAUCCAACUCUUGAUAAAGCACCAGUUGUUGGCAUGCUGGGCCAAUCAGGCAUUCACGUCGUGAUACAAAUCAUUGCACUCAACAGAUUAGGAUACUCUUCGUUUCUCAUCUCAACAAGACUUGCAAGUCCAGCCAUCACCCAGCUUCUCACUCUGGCAGACUGCAAUGUCAUUCUCACAACACCACCUUUUCACCCUGUUCUAAAGCAAGUUCAGGAAAACCGACAACUCGAAAUUCUUCCACUUCUCCAAAGCGCAGACAUCUUCCAUCACAACGCACCAAGAUUCGUUAGAGAUUACAGCCCCGAAGCUGAAUCUCGCAAGGUCGCUGUUAUUAUUCACUCUUCCGGCUCAACAGGUCUCCCUAAGCCAAUCUAUCUCACCAACUCAAGCUGCAUCGGAGCUUUUGCAGUCCACAUGAACAUGCGAGCAUUCCUCACAUCGCCAUUCUUUCACAGCCAUGGUUUCUACGAGGUGUUUCGAUCGAUUUACUCCGGCAAACCUAUCUACUUCACAAACUACGGGUUGCCCUUGACGAGAGAGACCGUCAUGGCGCAGCUUAAGGCUACAAAGCCUGAGAUCUUCCAUUGCGUUCCUUACGUUAUCAAGUUGCUUGCUGAGAGCGAGGAGGGUAUUCAGAUGCUGGCUGAUAUGAAGCUUGUGCUUUAUGCGGGAAGUGGAUGUCCUGAUGAUCUGGGCGAUCGAUUAGUUGAGCGUGGCGUUAAUCUCUGCGGAAAUUACGGAGCCACCGAGACUGGAAGACUGGCUACCUCAGCUCGUCCUGAAGGUGACAAGGCAUGGAAUUACAUCCGUGUCCUCCCCCCAGCAGAACCUUACACCAUCUUUGACGAGGUUGCCCCUGGCUUAUUCGAAUGCGUAGCUUUAGAUGGUCUCCCAUCAAAGAGCACUACCAACUCAGAUAACCCACCUGGAUCAUUCCGUACUCGAGAUCUCUUCACACAACAUCCUUCAAGGCCUAACCUCUGGAAAUUUGCUUGUCGUCUCGAUGACCGCUUCACUCUCAUCAAUGGCGAAAAGGUCCUUCCCAUUCCCAUUGAAGGUCGAAUUCGGCAAGAGGAAAUCGUCAAGGAAGCCAUUGUCUUUGGGGAUGGAAGGACAUAUCCUGGUAUUCUGAUCGUCAAGGCUGAUCGGGUUGCUGACAUGCCCGAUGAUGAGUUCCUCGAUGCCAUUUGGCCAUCCGUUGAAGAUGCCAACUCCCGGGCAGAGUCUUUCUCAAGAAUUCCCAAAGAGCUGGUCGUCAUCGUACCAGCUGAGUCUCCAUACCCGCGUACGGAUAAGGGUACUUUCAUCAGAGUUCCUACAUAUCGCCAGUUUGAGAAAGAGAUCGAGGCUGCUUACAACAGAUACGAGGGCCAAGGCGAUGAAGCCGGCUCGCUCACGCUCGAGGGUUCAGAGCUAGAAGAUUAUCUUGUCCAACAAUUGAAGAGCAAGUGCGGUGCCGAUCUUGAGUCUUCUGAAGCAGAUUUCUUUGCCUCAGGUGUUGAUAGUCUUCAAUGUAUUCAGAUGUGGAGUCUCAUCAAGCGAGAGAUCGAUCUCGGUGGGAGACAAUCGGAGCUGGGGCAGAAUGUUUUGUACGAGACUGGCAAUGUCAAGUUGCUUGCCCGCCAAAUCGAGAGGCUGAGAAGUGGUGCGAGUGAUGAGACGCAGGAUCAGCUGAAGAUCAUGGAAGAUUUGAUCGAGAAGUACUCUACCUUUGAGCGUCAUGUACCUGGAUCUACCCCUCAACCAGAGAAGGAGCUUGUGUUACUCACUGGUGUAACCGGUGCUCUUGGAGCCCACGCCCUUGCUCAACUUACAGCUCGGCCCAACGUUGGAGCAGUCUGGGCUUUGGUCCGAGCAGCCAGCGAUACCGCCGCCACCGAAAGACUCUACAGCUCCCUCCAAGCUCGCGGUCUAUCCCUCAACGAAGAACAACGCAGCAAAGUCCUCGCUCUACCCUGCGAUCUCAGCCGUCCGGACCUCGGCCUCAGCGAAUCUCACAUCUCUGAGCUCCGCACCAAACUCACAACCAUAAUCCACAGCGCAUGGGCAGUUAACUUCAACAUCUCCGUACAAUCCUUCGAAGACCAACACAUCAAAGCCGUGCACAAUCUAAUCCAGCUAAGUCUCUCCGUACAGACACCCAAGCCAGCACGAUUCUUCUUCUGCUCCUCUGUUUCAUCGGCGGGAGGAUCACCGCGCCCUGGAAAGGUUCUUGAAGCACAGGUUCCUUCGCCUGCACAUGCUCAGCACACUGGCUAUGCGAGGUCGAAGUAUGUUGCUGAGCAUAUUACUGGUAAUGCUUGUAAGAGCGCUGGUGCGGUAGCGAGAGUUUUGAGAUUGGGACAGUUGGUUGGUGAUACCAAGGUUGGAGAGUGGAAUACGACUGAGGGAAUUCCUUUGAUGAUCCAGACGGCGGUUACGCUUGGUGCCUUGCCAUCUUUGAACGAGGAAAUGACAUGGCUACCUGUUGAUCUGGCCGCUUCAACGAUCCUCGACCUCGCCAACCUCGGCGCAUCAUCACCGUCAGACCGCUCUUCCGACCCCGAUCUCGUCUAUCACAUCCUCAACCCCGUGCGCUUUCACUGGGCAAACGACAUGCUUCCCUCCAUGACAAAAGCCGGCUUCAAGUUCGAGACCCUCCCUACAGACCAAUGGAUGGACCGUCUUCGCAACUCAGAGCGCGACCCUGCCAAGAACCCUCCUAUCAAGCUACUAGAUUGGUUUGAGGGUAAGUAUGGUAAUAAGGCUGCUUCAUCAGCGGAGAAAGGACCAUUGGAUUACCUGACGGAUAAAUCGAGGGAGGACAGUGAGACGCUGAGAAAUGUGCCACAUGUCACGGAUGUGGAGUAUGUUAAGAUGAUGCUUGGAAGGUUGCAGGCACGCUGGGCAGAGAAAAUUUGA